UGAUGACGUGUGAAAUAAAACCGAAACGAAACGAAACUAGGGGCCGACUUUGUUGAAAACAGGAACCAUUUUAUUUUCUUCGCAACACGUCCGGACAUAACUCAAUGACGGACCGGUCCCCUUCCGGUCCAGUUGUCAACAGAGGAGGAUCACGCGUGUUUUCAAGCCAGUAAAAUGCCGAAAGCUCAGAAAGGAAAAGGAAAAGCCCCGGAGAAAGUUGUCCACCCGUACAGCAGGAAAGCGGCUUACCUCGCCCGAGAAGAAAUCCGACUGCAGAAGAAAGAAAGGCAGAAGAAUGAUAAAGCAACACGUCUAAGCGGCAUUGGCGAGAAGCUGUUGUGGUUUCAGGAACAGCUGGAUCCAGAAAAGACAACUUACACCAGAAAAGAUGCCUGCGAUAUCGUUGAAAGCUACCUCCGAAGGUUUGAUGCUGAACUUGAGCAGAUUGAGCUGAUGAAUGGGAUCAAAGGUCGGCAGGGUCGUCUCCAUGGCGCCAGAGAAGCUGUCAUCAAACAGACCAUAGAGCGAGAGCGAGCGCAGUAUGAGGGCAUCGGGUUUGAGAUUCCAGACAUCAUUAAUGCAAAAAAUCUGAAAACAUUCAGAGAGUGGAGUGGCGAUCUGAAGAAACUUCCUAAUAUUAAACUGCGAAAAGUGUCUCACAAAGAUUUGGAAACAAAGAAUGACAAAGCGGAGAAACAUGACGACGCAGAAGAUGAUAAUGAGGAUGAUGAAGAUGACUUGGCGGAUGAGCAGCUGGAUGAGAUGGUGCUGAUGUCGGACUGAAACCGAGGCUGGAGCUCCAAGCUCAGGUCGUCCAUUCAGGACAGCUGAUCAGACGGCCUUCAGCGGAGACUUUUUAUUGAAGGUGUGUUUUUGUGCCUGUGUAGGUACAAAAUGUUGCUGCUCCUUGACUGUCCAGAAGAUGGCGCCAAACUCUCAGAGAUGGAAAACGAGAAUGCUGUCAGUCAGUCCUCUGUUAGUCUUCUUGUUGCUCAGUAACUUCACACCAGCCUGUGAAGAGGUUCUACAUUCAUUGUUUAUUGCACAAAAAUACUCCCAUUUUAUCCAAUCAGAGAUUUAAAAAAAAAAGGUUUUGAAAAAAAGAUGUUGUGGUGACUCUAAGACACAGAGAAAAUGUUAUUUUUCUUUGACAUGACACUGGUACAAAACCCAAAUUAAACCUGUAGAAAAGUGGA